AUGGCCGAUCUAUCGAACCAGCAGUGGCGGGCGCUGGCGCAGGCUUACCCCUUUUAUCUUGCCGGCAACGUGGGUGUCGGAGGCCCUGAUAGUAAUCGUUCGCCGGAUCGCCAAGCUGGUCUCACUGAAGGCGAGCUUGUGGCCCCGUCACCGUCGUCGAGUGAGGAGUUUCUGCAAUACGUCGUGCCACGAGUAGCGAAGGUCUUUCCCGAGGAGCUGCAGGCCUACGAACGGGCCAGGGGCCGUGGCGGCCAACCAGACCAUCCCAACGGCGGCAGAGUUUGUCGUGCGUCGUCUCUGUCCGCAGCAGAGGCUGUGGAUGCCCUGCUCGUGUACUUGUUUAACUGCACCACCUCAGCGCUCUCGCGAGAUUCAUCAAAGAAGCAGCGCAGGCCCUUCGCGUCUGCAUGCUUUGGGCCGCUCAUCACGCCCCUCUCACGCCGCGAGCAACAACUGUUGGGCCUCUACCACCGUAAGCAAGAGCAGUACACCUACGUAUUGAGCACUCAGCAACAACUCCUUGCGGCGUCCCAGCUCGCCGUGCAGGCAUUGCAGGGAGUGAGUGGCCCCAUCCUGGCAUACAGGCAAAGGGGCAUGAGCGCGUCGCAACGCGGUGCUGAGGAGAGCCUGGCCGCCUCCACCCGUGAGAGCGUUGUUUUUCCUGACAACCAGAAGCUAUCGGCAUGGCCGCCGCUGUCGCACGCGAUGGUCAGCGGCGACGGCACCUCUGUCUGCGCGGUACAAGCCGCGUCCUCAUCACGUGUCCCAGCUGCGAGUGGUGUGAACAGCUGUGAUGCCAGUCGUGCCUUUACGAGCACGCUAGCCAACGUCCCGUACGAGAGCCGCCCACGAGAGACGCCGGCAGUGGCGGCUUUGCCAGCGGAUGGCUCAUCCGUAGCCGGCACUUGGAGAGACCCCCCUUUUCUUCACGCCCGCACCGAUACCGCGCCGGUGCUAAUCACCAUGAGCCGCUGUGCCGGCUGCCACGAGGUGGGUGGCGAUCUGCUCAUCUGCACUCAAUGUGAGGAGGUGCGCCACGAAGCCUGUGGCGGGCCGCACCCGCCAGGGCCCAGAACGGCCGACAAGAAGAUACCCGCUAUGAACGUCUGCAAGCGGUGCGCGAAAGCGCUGAACUUGUCCAGCAGCUCGUCGAGCCUUCGCAGCACCACGUCUUCGAGCGAGCGAGCGGAGCUGGAUGAGUACUUCGGCUCCGAUGACGACGCCAGCAGCCUCUCCGGAUUCAUCGUGAACACCAGCGAUGAUGAUGAGACGGAGGGGGACAGCCAGAGCGCUAAUAACGACGGUGGCAGCGAUGUGGACAGCGCCAAGGGCAAUGGGAAAGGUGGGAGGCGGCAGAAGAAGCAUCAGUCAACGGGCGCGUCAGCACCGGCGCGGAAAGACCAGCAUGUCAACAAGAACAGGAAGCGGAGGUCUGCCGCAGGUGCCACAGAGGCAGCGUCCGAUGUGUCAUCGGUGUCUUCAGCCGCCUCGGGGUCGUCAUCGCGCAUUUGGAGCCGUUCUGCGUCGCUCGACCGCGCCCUCGCAAUGGCUGCAAAGGGAAAGAGCAAGAAGCACGACUCAGCCAAGAAAGUGCACGCUGUUGAUGGCGAAGGUGAUGCUGUGGCUUCGGCACCGCGGAAUGAGGAUCACGAGGGACAGCGACGAAAGCGGCGCCGCGUGCGCCACGAGGAUGAGGAAGGUGGGCGCCGUCUGCACAAGCGCAGGCGCUCUGCUGCUGACACCAGUGAUGCCUCUUCACUGACGUCGAGCACGUCCUCGGGCUCGUCAUCGUUGGCGACCAAGAAGGUGCGGCCGCUGAGGCCACAGAAAGAGAAGGUGUCUUCGCAACACCAGAGAAGCGCACAGGUGCCACCGUCGCCGCAGCCUCAGGAGGAAGCGAGGCGGGUGCCCACAUCUGGGGGUAAGGAGAGCACGACGCAUUCGCCCGUAGACCGCCGCCGAGCAGAGCUGCUGUCGGCUCAGCCGCGUCGUUUAGCGGUGUUGGAGGACGAGGAAGAGCUCAGCGCGCUUGGCAUCGCCUCAUCUUCUGCAUCCGGGACACCGCUGCAACCGCCACCGUUGUCGUCGAGGCGGCGCCAAAACGGCAGCGCUAACCGAAGUGCUGGCCGCAGACGCCUCAUGAACGAUGCCUCCUCUUCGUCCUCCAGCGACGACAGCAACUGA